AUGAGACUCGCAAUCACUGGCUGCAACGGAUCCGUCGGGAAACAGGUCGUCCUCAUGUCCCUCAAACGGGGUCAUUCAGUCGUUGGCAUCGACCUCAAUGGCCCAGCUUCCUUGGCCGACGAGAACUAUGUAUUCCACCAAACCGAUCUUCGUGUGUAUGAAGACACGCUCAGGGUACUGCAAGGAUGUGAAGGGAUCAUACACCUCGCUGCUUUUCCUAACCCAGGAGACUACGGGGUCACUGCACACAAUAGCAACGUAGUGAUAUCAUGGAACGUCCUCCGUGGCGCAGCAGAAUUAGGGAUCACGCGAAUCGCACAAGCAUCCUCUGUGAACGUCCUGACACUAGUGUACUCAAGGGAUCCCCACUUUGAUUAUUUCCCUAUCGAUGAAAAUCAUCCAUGCCUCCCAGAUGAGCCUUACGGACUGUCCAAAGUUAUCUGCGAACUCCAAGCUGACGCUAUAGUCCGUCGAUACCCCACAAUGCAUAUCGCCAGCCUGCGCCUCCACUGGUCCGUCCCCGACAAAACCAAACCCCGCUCUCUUCCUGUCGACAAAGCCAAAAACGAUCUAUGGGGCUACGUCAAAGAAGAGUCUGCCGCUGACGCGUUCCUCCUCGCCGUAACCCAGGACAACGGCAAAUGGUCCGGUCACGAAGCUUUCUUUAUUGUGGCGCCUGACAUAGCAGUAGAAGAAGAUUCCAGGUUGCUCAGAGAAAGAUUCUGGCCGAAGGUGGUUAUCACAGAAGGGAAGGACGUUAGUGGGAACAAGGGAUUCUUUGAUUGUGAUAAGGCACAGAGACUUCUGGGGUGGGUACAUAGAUAUUCUUUCCUUGACGAGUGA